CAGGAUAUAGCAGCAGCUUCCUUCACCUUCAUCUUUGAGACACUGAACGAACAGCUACAACAUGUGCAGGCUAAUUCUAACUGCAGGUGCGUGUUUGAUCAUCGCUAACUUGGCUUCUUCAGCCAGUCUCACUGACACAGUUCUGACCACAAAAGCUCCCAGUGCCACUGACAAUUUCUGUGAAGGAAAGACGGAUGGGAAUUACGCCAACCCCAGUAACCCAAAUUCAUUCUAUGGCUGUUCUAAUGGGCUGACAAACAUCUUGUGGUGCCCAGAAGACCUGGUCUUCAAACAGAGUUGCAACUGCUGUGACUGGCCCAGAACCAGGUCUGAUGGACUCGCCAGAGAUUUCUGUAAAGGAAAGAAGAAUGGAAAUUACUUCAACCCAAGCAACAUCAAUUCCUUCUACAGCUGUUCUAAUGGGCUGACCUACAUCAUGAAAUGCCCAGAAGAUCUGAUCUUUAACCAGCGAUUAAACGCCUGUGUGUGGCCCUAGCUCUCUUUGUUAGAAACUAAUUAAUGUUGAUUUAAAGUAACUAAUUGAUCAAAUCUAAUUGAAUCAAAGUAAUUUCUAUAAUGAUCACGUUGUAUCAGUACAUAACGGCUUUUACUGUGAUUUUGCUUUCAUUUGUUGUUCAUUUUAGUUAAUAGCUUGGUUAAUCUGCCUGUUGUCCAACAAGAACCGUCUGCUCUCCGACCUUAUCUAACUGUCCUGAUGUAUCCAAGAAAAAAAUCCAGCAAGGUUUCCACUUGUACUGUGUGCCACUGUGUGUGUGCAUGUGUUUUUUGUAUUGUAUUGUUUUGUACUGCAACUUGCUUCCACAGUCAGAUUGGACAUGGCGCCAUAGACGGCUGCCUGGGUGUGCCAACACCAAGACAAGUUCCCAGUUCUGUAGAGUGCACUCUACAGGACCUGGCAAUAAAGCUCUUUCUAAUUCUGA